AUGCACGAGGAGUGGUUCGGUGUAAAAUACGAUUCGGACAGCGAGCUGGAACCGGCCGAAUAUGAGAGGAGGCGCGAAAUUAUUGCCACAAAAAUGGUGAUCAUUGAGAAGAUGUAUGCCGAAACCAAGCAAAGAAUUUACGAGGAGAAAAUGAAACUAGCAAGUUCACACUAUUCAUAA